CAGUGUUACCCCCCGCCCAUUAUCUUUCUGUGUAGAAAGAGGCGGAGCCUCUGCUGUUUGUGCAAUGUCUGGGGAUCCGUUUCCUCUGCAACUGAUUGAUUUUGAUACUUCCAUUUAUUCUGGUAACGGGCGACGACACGCACGUUUAACACUUGGGGAUUUUGUAUAUUUCCAUAGAGAGAACUCGCCCCGGGCUGUUUGACUGUAUAUCGGUCCAAAACCCUGGCGACGGGUUAAGUCAGGCCAAAAAAAAACACAUUAUAUAAAAGCAUCGGGUGCAGACCAAACCGAUUGGGAAAACAAGUGCACGCAGCUCCCUGGCAGGAGGGGGGAGAUGGACGGCGAGACGGCAGAGCUGAAGCAGACGGUGGAGAUGUGGGAGGUGGCUGAGCUGCAGUCGGAAGAGCCGGAGGGCAGCGCCCCCCAGCUCCCGGCACAGGCGGCCUCCGCUCCGGGAGCACAGCCCGGCUCCCCCGUCCCCGAAGGCGGCUUCGGCUGGCUAGUGGUUUUCGCCAGCACCUGGUGCAACGGCUCCAUUUUCGGCAUCCAGAACUCGUUCGGGAUUCUCUACGUGAUGUUCCUGAAAGAGUUGGAGGCUCUCAAUGAGCCGAGCAUCCAGUUUAAAACUGCAUGGGUAGGUGCAGUCUCAAUGGGGAUGAUUUUCUUCUGUUCUCCGGUAGUCAGCAUUUUCACUGACUGGUUUGGAUGCAGGAAGACAGCAAUGGGCGGUGCGGUAACGGCUUUUAUUGGACUUCUUUCCAGCUCCUUCACAAAGUCCCUGGAACUGAGAUAUUUCACCUAUGGAAUUCUCUUUGGAUGUGGAUCAUCUUUUGCUUUCCAGCCUUCAUUAGUCAUUCUUGGCCAUUACUUUAGAAGUCGGUUAGGACUUGCAAAUGGUGUGAUGACAGCUGGUAGCAGCCUGUUUUCCGUCACUAUGCCUUUUCUCUUAAAGACGAUUGGCGAAACACUGGGUCUAGCUCAUACACUGCAGAUUCUUAGUGUACUCAUGUUCAUACAGAUAUUUUUAUCUUUGACAUAUAAACCUCUGUUGUCUUUGCCCUCUGGUGGAGAAAGAAAUAAGCCUGACAAAACAGAAGAACCGAAGUGCCUCCAGCGAUUUAAGAAGCACCUAAAUCUAAGAGUGUUCAGGAAGGUAACAUACAGGGUUUGGGCCUUUGGAGUCGCCACUGCAGUCUUAGGCUACUUUGUGCCGUAUGUUCACUUGGUGAAUUUUGUGAAACAUGAGUUCCAAGAAACUAAGAGAACUUGGAUCCUGCUAGUCUGCAUUGGAGCCUCAUCAGGUAUUGGACGUCUGAUGUUUGGGAAAAUUGGUGAUUGCAUCCCUGGACCCAAGAAGAUCUUCCUGCAGGUGGCAUCCUUUUGGAUAUUGGGGAUUAUGUCCAUGAUGAUACCGCUGUGCAAAGUUUUUGAACACGUACUUAUUGUCUGUAUUUUCCUGGGAUUCUGUGAUGGCUGUUUCAUCACUAUUAUGGCACCUAUUGCCUUUGAGCUUGUUGGACCUCAAGAUGCAUCACAGGCAAUUGGCUUCCUUUUGGGACUUAUGGCUAUUCCUAUGACUGCAGGACCACCCAUUGCAGGAAUUCUCUUUGAUUACUUAGGCAACUAUCGAAUGGCCUUUUACCUGGCUGGACUUCCGCCAAUUAUUGGGGGAUCAGUUUUGUUCUUUAUCCCUUUAAUCCACAACCGAAUUCGCCAGAGGCAAGAGAAAGAAGAGCCUGGUACUGACAGGAUGUUGUUAGCUUCUGAAAAUGUAUUCAAUGGGGACAUGCUUCCUGGCAACUCCAAUGCAGAAGUGUCUGUAUAGACAAUGAGGCCAUGCUGUUCUUUCCUACAUUCCAGUAUGGACCCUUACCAGCACAAACAGUGACAGAGUCAUACAGUAUGGAAACAGACCCUUUGGUCUAACCAGUCCAUGCUGACCACAAUCUUAAACUAAACUAGUCCCACCUACCUGUG